AUGGACAGGUUCCUGAAUCCAAUGUCGACGUGUAAGCAACUCAUUGUUGGCGCCGGCCCUGCUGGGCUGAUGGCCGCUGCGUGGAUGGCGCAUUGUGGUGUCAAGGCUCGUAUCGUCGACAAGAGAAAUGCCAAGAUCUUCUGUGGUCAGGCUGAUGGUCUUCAAUGUCGGAGUCUUGAGAUCUUUGAUAGCUUGGGCUUUGGCGAUCGGGCCUGGAAGGAAGCCAACCAUAUGAUUGAGAACCCCGGCUCAGACGGCAUCAUCCGUCGCUCCGAUCGCAUCCCCGACACCAUCGUCGGCCUCUCCCGCUUCCAGCAGAUCGUCCUCCAACAAGGCCGCAUCGAACGCUUCUUCCUCGACAACAUCAAGAAGUUCUCCAACGACGCCAUCAAGGUCGAGAGAGCCAUCCUCCCCGAGUCGCUACACAUUGACGAGUCCAAGGUGGACGAUGUCGACGCCUACCCCGUCACUGUCAAGCUACGACACUUGACAGAGGAGGAGGCUACACCUGCUCAGCAGGAGACUGCUAGCAAGACCAAAGCUUCUGAUGGUCUUUUCCGGAGUAAUCUCGUCCUUGGUGACGAGAAUGAGGACCUGAAGCUUCUCCAGAAGGCUCAAGAGCGAGACGCCGAGAGCGAGAUCGUCCAUGCCAAGUACGUCCUCGGCUGCGACGGCGCACGCAGUUGGGUUCGUCAACAAACUGGUCUCGAACUCCAAGGUGAAGCGACAGACUUUAUCUGGGGUGUCAUGGACAUCAUCCCCAAGACCGACUUCCCUGAUAUCCGCAUGCGAUGCGCUAUUCACUCUGCAGAGAAUGGCAGUCUCAUGAUCAUUCCUCGAGAGAACAAGCUUGUUCGUCUGUAUAUCCAACUCAAGGAGGUUACACCUGAUGCUUCUGGUCGUGCCGAUCGAUCCAAGAUUAGCCCCGACUUGAUCUUCAAGGCGGCUCAGAAAAUUAUCCAACCUUAUAAGCUUGACUAUGAGUACUGCGACUGGUGGACAGCUUACCAGAUCGGUCAGCGUGUUGGUACUGGCUUCGACGCCCAUGAGCGUGUCUUCCUCGCCGGUGAUGCCGUCCACACCCACUCUCCCAAAGCCGGUCAGGGUAUGAACGUCUCCAUGCAGGACUCCUACAACCUCGGCUGGAAGGUCGCCCUUGUCACAAAGGGCAUCGCCAAGCCCAGCAUCCUCAAGACAUACCAGAGCGAGCGUCGUCGCGUCGCUCAGGACCUGAUUGAGUUUGACCACCGCUUCAGUCGUCUAUUCUCCGGUCGCCCAGCCAAAGACGUCAUGGACGAGGAGGGCGUCAGCAUGGAGGUCUUCAAGGAUGCUUUCCUAAAGGGCAACAUGUUUGCCUCCGGUCUAUCAGUCAACUACGGCCCAAGCAACAUCGUCGCCAAGGCUGGUGAUCCUCUGGAUCAGGCCGACGGUGUCAAGGUCGUCUUGCCACCUGGUGUGACCGUCACUGAGGAGAGCUUCGCCAAGAAGCAGGCUCUUGCUACUGGUAUCCCUGUUGGCAUGCGCUUCAACAGCUUCAAGGUUCUCAACCAGGCAUGCGCACGUCCUUACCACUUCCAGGAGCGUCUCAAGGCUGAUGGACGUUUCCGUAUCGUGCUCUUUGCCGGAGAUAUCCUUGACGCUUCCCAAAAGGCUCGCGUCGACGCAUUCUGCGCACAGCUUGACAACCCCAAGAGCUUCCUCCACCGCAUCACACCCGCUGGAGCCAAGAUCGACAGUGUCAUCGAGGUUCUCACCAUCCACUCCUCCAAGCGUCAAGAGACUGAGCUUCUCCGUGACUUCCCAGACAUCCUCCACCCAUACGACGAGCAAGUCGGCUGGGACUAUGAGAAGAAGCGAGGCUGUGUCGUGGCUGUACGACCUGAUCAAUACGUUGGCUGGAUCGGUGAGUUGGAGGACUUUGAUGAUCUAUCCAAGUACUUUGAGGGCUUUCUUGUCUUGAAGGAUCACACCAAUGAAGUCAAUGGAAAUGGUGCCCUACCCUUGCGCUGA